ACUACGAUGGAAUCAACAGAGAUCAGCACCACGACGUCAGAACAAACAACAGUUUCAAUAAAUGGUCCAAUGCUCACUACUGAUGAUCAGGUGUCCACAUUGCAAACGAAGAAAUUGUCACCCAAGAAAUCAAAUUUAUCUACAACAGCCAUUGGUUUAUUGGCGACAAUAUCUGUUUUGACUGUCGGGAUCGUUGUAACAUCCGGGCUAUGCAUACGGAAGAAAUGCUCCAAUGAAAGACCUAAGAGCAACGAUGAAUGGGAGCGACCUCUUGCAAAAAAGGGUGAACUAACUGGUCGUGCUCCGGUAGCUUGGGAAUUUGACCCCCCUGAUCUCUUUUCGCGUGGUUCCCAGGCAGAGUUUUUCUCCAGGCCUCCUUCUCGAACUUCCCUUCAACAGAUUCCCCCAACUAACGACUUCACACACAUCUUUGAUAAAGAUGGGCAACAUUUGGAUAAAUUGUUUUCCGUUAAAAAAUAAUUUGUACCACUCUAUACCCCAAAACUAAUGAAACAUACACCUGUACAUGGAAUAUACAACAGAUUUACCAAUGAUACCAGGUCUAACCACGAACAUAAACUAACAUCAUUGAGGGAAUUAAAUGUACUAUGUCUUGUAUGUAAAUUUCAAUUCAUAAUGAUGAAAUUGUGGGUCGGUUAUGGGAUUCAGGUGAGAUAUCGUGACAGGUAUAGAAUCCUGAUGAGAUGCUAUGUCAAGAAUGGGUCCUUAUGAAUGACAUGCCUAACACAAUGUCCUAUAAUUUAUAUGCCUCAAGAAUGGUAUUUUUCAUUAUGAUAUGUCAUGAAUGUGUGUUCUUGUGUGUAAUUUAGAGGUUAAUAGUAUUGCAGGAUGUGAACAGUUGCACUUAAAGUUGGCAUUUCGCCAGUUGUGUCGUGGUUUUAAUAUCAUUUACAAAGAGUUGUUGAGUCACAUAAUGUCUGACGUGUUUCCUACCAUUGUUACAUUUUACAUACUGAUGUAGACUACAGAUUACUCCCUUUACCUGAUUAAGAGAGAGUGUGUUUAUAGUGGGUUUGAUAAGUCGACAUAGGAGUCUUCUCCUGUCCCUACUUCGAUGUUUCAAGAGAUCUGUGUUUGCCCCGCUUCAGUACUUGUAUUAUUUGUAGUACAUGAGAUAAAUAGUUAUUCCUUAUCUUCACCCUUUUAUAAAUACCCAUAUCUCUUUCAAAAGUCACUUGAUGUUCUUGUCACAUUAAUUUUGACUACGGAUAACUCCGUUUACCUGAUCAGGAUAUAGGGCUUACGGUGGGUGUGACCGGUCGACAGGGGAUGCUCAUUCCUCCUAGGCACCUGACCCCAUCUCUGGUGUGUCCAGAAGUCCGUGUUUGCCCAACUAUCUAUUUUGUAUUGUUUAUAGGAGUUAUGAGAUUGAUCACUGUUCGUUAUCUUCACUUUCCAUAAGCUUUGACAGAACCACUACAAGUGUCAGCUUUAAAUGCUUUUUCAUUAAAAGCUGUUUUCCUGUAGUUUUCCUGGAUAAUGAUUGUAGGGAAAUGAGUGCCAGUUCAUUUCCCAUAGACCUCAAGAUUUACCUUUUACCCUCUCACUAAUCAAAUAUAUUAAAUUUAGAUAAAUUAGCACCAAUAUUUAAAAUUUCAUUCCAAGUGCUAAUCAGAAUCGACUAAAAAUAGUUUAUAGGUCAUAUUUAUUCUUUUUUAACAACACAACUAUCUGCAGUGAGUUACUCUCUCCAUUCACGAAACACCUGGACAUUUAUACCUGUGUUCAAUCUUGGGUAAACUGCGUCCUGAUACGCAUCCGAGGGUUUAGUACUCUCAUUCCAUUAACAUAUCUGCCGUUUAGCUGGUCAUAAUCAACUCGUGCGCAUAUUAUGCGAUUCGAAUCUUUUUUCAUAACAAUUUCAUGGAAAAUUAUUUUUUCCUUUAGCGAGGACCGUAACCUGGAAAAACAACUGUUGAAUGGUCCAGACAAUCUCUCAGCUCAAUAGGAGAAAGAGGGAAUACCACUUCUUGUUAAAAGGUUCAAUUCAGGGUUACAAAACAAAAGACUUACUGGGCCGGAGGUUGGUUUUAGUCUUUAGUAUGAUCCAGGCUUUCUCUCAGCUCAAUUGGCGCUCCGCAGACAGGAGAGAAAAAGAAUAUUGCUACUGGGUCGGAUUUGGUUUUAGUCUUUAGUAUGGUUCAGGCAAUCUCUCAGCUCAAUGGGUGCUCCGCAGAGAGGAGAGAGAAAGAAUAUUGCUACUGGGUCGGAUUUGGUUUUAGUCUUUGUAAAAGGAUCGUCGCUAUUCUUGUUUAUGACAAUGCAAUAAGUUAUUUUCCACACAUCACAAGGCCUUCAGUGUCACACAUCACAAGGCCUUCAAUGUCACACACCACAAGGCCUUCAGUGUCACACAUCACAAGGGCUUCAGUGUGUGUGAUAUAGGAGGAAACAUAUCAAAGAUCUCUUACGAUGAUGUAGCAUGAUACAUGUACGCAUAAAAACAUAUUUAAGUUCCUUAUAAUUUUCUGAAUGAUAUUUCAUAUUUCUGUAAUGGUAAGCCCCGGACUUAAUCGCUUUGGGGCUGUUUCUUAUACUUUUCUUCUUGCAACAGUAAAGCAUGCCACUGAUCCAUGAUAUUCAAAUACAUGAAAAUAGAAAUUCCCAGCAACGAAAUAUACUUAUUCCUCGGUAUUUCUCCAAUAUAACUCGUUUUCUUGAUUGGCAAACACAGCAGCCGAAUAUCACAGAAUAAAUGGUUAUUGGCCGCGGAACGAAGUCUGUUAACUUGGGGUAUAUGUCCACUUGGUUGUGUUUGUGUGCAGAGCAUUUACAAUGUCCUUUCACUGAAAUGUUUUAUGUGCAUUUUGAUGAGAUUUACCGAGUAUUGCUGUAACGGAUUGGUUAACAUUGCGUAUCUUGAAUUAAAUGUAUUCAGCUUGUUGAAUUUAAUCUAUAUUUUUUAAUCGUAAUACAGAAUUUAAAUUUCUUUUAACAGUAUUGAAAUAGUGAUUUUUUGAAACAAAUAAUCUAAUCAUACACGCAUAUGUAACAGUGCAAAGUGGAAUAGAAUGUUACUCUGAAAUGCAGUCAUGUAAAAUACAUUGUAUUACCUUAUCAUUUAAUUAUAGUCAUGUUGUAUUUGUCUUGAUACUGUAUUCAUGUGCAUAAAAUCCUAAAUCCAAUACGU